AUGAGCGACUCUACCGCCGUGGUGGAGAUCUUAACAUCAGACCUCAACUACCGCGGCUUCAAGUGGCUUCGCACAAACGUCCGGCUGGUGAACCAGGAGCCCAAGCUGUUUAGCGGCACCAUCUUCCAGAACGUCGUCGACGGGCUCACCGGCACCGACAAAGACGGCCUCGCCGGGGAGGAGAAGCAAAGGCUCGUGACGGAGGCUUGCAAGGCCGCCUACGCCCACGAGUUUAUUGAGCGUCUGCCGAAUGGCUAUAAGACGUAUAUUAGCGAGCGCGGCGCCUCGCUGUCGGGUGGGCAGAAGCGGCGCAUCGUCAUCGCGCGAAGCAUCGUCUCGAACCCAAAGGUGCUGCUCCUCGACGAGGCCACGAGCGCUCUCGACCCCAAUGCCGAGAAGAUUGUCCAGGCCGCCCUCAACAAUGUUGCCAGGGGCCGGACUAUGGUGGUGAUUGCGCACCGGCUAUCGACGGUCCGCGACGCCGACAACAUCGUCGUCAUAUCCAAGGGUGAGGCGGUCGAGAGCGGCUCGCACGAGCAGCUAAUUGGGCGCGGCGGCGCCUAUGCGCGGCUCGUCAAGGCCCAGGACCUGAGCAAGGGGGUCGACAAGGCCGACGACCACCAAGAGGCCGCCGAGGACAAGGACGUGGCGCCGGCGGACCUCGACGUGGCACCGACGCAUGGCUCCACGCCCGCGGAUCCAGCGGCCGGGGCCGGGGCACAGUGGGACCAUGGGCGAUACGGCCUGCUCCACGGGCUACUGUUCAUUCUCCGGGAGCAGCGGUCGCUGUGGCGGCCGCUGGCGGUCACGCUCGUUUGCUGUCUCGUCGGCGGCGGCACCUACCCAGCGCUCGCCAUUCUUUUAGCCAAGACCCUAAAGGCCUUCCAGACCAUGGAUGUGUCGCGCGGUAACUUCUUGGCCCUAAUGUUCUUGGUCGUUGCGUUUGGAAACUCUGUCGUGUACUUUUUUCUUGGAUGGUUUUCCAAUGUGCUCGCGCAGACGGUCAUGAAGCACUAUCGUACCCAAGUUUUCAACGACACGCUCCGCCAGGGUAUGAACUUUUUUGACCGGCCCGAUAACUCAACGGGCGCGCUUAUAUCGCGUAUCGCGACGGAGCCGACGUCGCUACAGCAGCUACUCUCUAGUGACGUGCCGCUACUAGCCAUGAACGGGGUCAACCUGGUGUCGUCUUCGGUGGUGGCUAUUGCCCAUGGGUGGAGGCUCGGGCUAGUGCUAGCACUCGGGGCGCUUCCGAUACUCGUCGGCGCCGGCUUCGUACGGGUCCGGCUCGAGUUCCGUUUCGAGCAAGAUGCGGCGGCGCUCUUUGCCCGUAGUAGCGGCGUGGUGGUCGAGGCUGUUAUGGGCAUCCGUACCAUUUCGUCGCUAGCCCUCGAGCGGGUUAUUGUCGACCGCUACGAGGUCGGUCUGCAGGGCAUCGCCGCCCAGGCUAUCGGCGACCUAGGCUUUAAGAUGCUCUUUUACGCCCUUACCCAGUCCGUCUCCUUCCUCGCCAUGGCCCUCGGCUUCUGGUACGGUGGCCGGCUCGUUUCGACGGGUGAGUACUCGACGACGCAGUUCUACACCAUCUUUAUGGCCAUCAUCUACUCGAGCGAGGCGGCCGCCGUGCUGUUCCAGUACUCGUCGAGCAUGACCAAGGCGCGCAUCGCCAUCAACUACAUCCUGGGCCUGCGCCGCCAACUUGAGCUGGUCGACGACCAAGAUGACGCCGACAGUCAAGCUCCUGGCCAGGGCGGCGGCAACACGACUGGGGAAAAGGACGCGGCAGCGCAGGGUGUCGAGGUGCGGUGCCAAGGCGUCGAGUUCGCCUACCCGCUUCGGCCACGGCACCGGGUGCUCCGGGGCAUGGAGCUCGACGUCAGGUCCGGCAAAAUGGUGGCGCUGGUGGGUGCAUCGGGGUGCGGCAAGUCGACCGUCGUCUCCUUACUCGAGCGCUUCUACGACCCGAUGGCCGGCACGGUGCUGGCCGACGGUCGGGAAGUCCGGACGCUGGGCCGGCGGCGGUACCGGCGCGACAUGGGGCUGGUACAGCAGGAGCCCGUGCUGUACCAAGGCUCCAUCCGCGACAAUGUGGCCCUGGGAGGCGGCGCCCGGGGCCAGGGCCGGCGCAGAAGGGGCGCCGAGGAGCAGCAGCCGUUGUCCGAGGCCGAGGUCGUGGCUGCGUGCCGGGCCGCCGAUAUAUGGGACUUCAUCGCCUCCCUUCCGCAGGGGUUCGACACCCCCUGCGGCCCUCAGGGCCUCUCACUCUCGGGCGGGCAGCGGCAGCCCAUCGCCAUCGCCCGGGCGCUGGCGGGGCGGCCGCGGCUGUUGCUCCUGGACGAGGCGACGAGCGCCCUUGACAGCGAGUCGGAAAGGGUGGUCCAGCAGGCCCUGGCCCGCGCCGCCGCCGGCCGCACCGCCGUCGCCGUCGCCCACCGCCUCAGCACUGUGCGCAAUGCCGACGCCAUUGCCGUCGUUGCCCGUGGCGCCGUCGCCGAGCUGGGCACGCACGACGAGCUCGUCGCCCGGAGGGGGCUAUACUAUCAGAUGGUCCUGAGCCAGUCGCUCGACCGCGAGGCUGCCUGA